GUGAUGAAACAGUCUUAAAGACUCGUGCAAGCUGUUCAUCAAUCAGUCUCAACCUUCUGUCUCAUCCACCGAAUCAUUCAAUUUCCCCCUUCAAAAGGUGGAAGAAUGGCAAACAGAGAAGAUGUUAUGGACGAAAUACAAGAACAGAAUGAAGAGGAAAUAACAGAAGAAGCUGAAGAGGUUACUGGACAAACACGUGAGCAAGAAGGUGACAGAUUGGAAGAUAUUGAAGAGGUCAUUGAGGAAACACAAGACCAAGUCUCUGCAGAAGCUGAUGAAGAUGAAGCAAAACCCAAACCAAAGAUUUUUGUGCCAAAUAUUACAAUGCCUAAAUUGCCAGAAGGAGAAAAAGUUGAUUUCGAUGAUAUUCAUAGGAAGCGCAUGGAGAAGGACUUGAUGGAACUACAGUCUCUUAUUGAGGCACACUUUAUACAAAGAAGGAAAGAGGAAGAAGAGUUAAUAGCUCUAAAGGAACGAAUAGAAAAACGAAGGACUGAAAGAGCCGAACAACAAAGAGACCGGGCUGAAAGGGAAAAAAAAAGACAAAACAGAGUGGCAGAGGAAAAAGCAAGAAAGGAGGAAGAAGAGCAUAGAAAGAGACAAGAAGAGGAUGCUAAAAAGAAAAAGGUCCUGUCAAACAGGUCUUACCAAUAUGGAGGCUACCUGCAGAAGGCUGAAGUACGUAAAAAAGGUGCUAAGAAGCAAACUGAAAAAGAGAAGAAGAAAAAGGUUUUGGCAGAAAGACGAAAGCCACUUAACAUUGAUAAUCUAAGUGAUGACAAGCUGAAGGAGAAGGCGAAUGAGCUACAUCAGUGGUUGUUACAGCUGGAAGGGGAAAAGUUUGACCUUAAUGAAAAACUGAAGAGGCAAAAAUAUGAUAUUAAUGUUCUUCGCAUCAGAGUCUCUGAUCAUCAGAAACACAGUGCCAAAGGUGCCCGAGCUGGCAAGGGCAAAGUAGGAGGAAGAUGGAAGUAAAAGGCUGACAGCUGCUUUAGCAAAAAAAGUGAUGCCUGUUCCAUUCAAUUAAAAUAUCCUCUGAAUAUAAAUUACAUUUAAAAAAAAUAAAAUGCAUUUUAAUUCUGUA